ACUGAAAUGGAACCACUAUUUUGAAGUGCUCAUGAAAUAAAAUAAAUUUAUUAGAAACAUGUCUCUAUUCCCUGCAUAUGCGAAUAAACAAGAUGCCUGUGAAUUUGAGGAUAUUACAGUGACAUUUGCUAAGGAGAGUCAAGAUUGGCAACAAGAUGCAACGGAUUCAAGAGAAACAUACUUACUGGCAAGUGAUGAUGAGGACAGUGGGAAGGCUGCAGUGGAGCGUGCCCGGUCACCACCUCCAACACCACAGUGCUCUGAUUUCUAUGUAGACACAAAACUGGAUCGUGGCAAUUUGCAUGUGUCUACACUAUAUUAUCCAGGAAGACCUCAGUACACCGUGCCGGCGGCGCCGCGGCCCGCGCGCCUCCGUGGCCGCCGCUACUUCCACGCGCCGCCCGACCACCACCACCACCACCACCACCACGACCACGAGGCCGAAGUGAGCGCGCGCGUCGCCACCUUCAAGGCCAUGCUGACCGACACGCCCCACGAUGAAGACCUAUGGUUGCGCUUCAUAGAUUUCCAGGAGCAGUGGCGCGGCGGCGCGGCUGCGCUGGCGGCGGCCACCGAGGCGGCGGAACGGCGGCCGCGCGCGCGCGCACUCGCGGCGGCGCGCUGGCGGCUCGCGCGGCUGCACCUGCCCGCCGCGGACUACGUGGCCUCGCUGCGGGCCGCCGCGCACGCAGAGCGGUCGGAGUCAGUCCGUGCGGAGCUGUGGGCGCUGCUGGUGGCGGCGGCGGCGGCCGCGACCGGCGCCGAUGCGCGCGCGCCCGCCGCCGCCGCCGCCGCCGCGCUCGCCGACUGUGCGCGCGCCGCCUACCCGCGCCUGCUGUUCGCCUACGGUUCAUUUCUGCAAUCCGCCGGGCUGUGGGAGCAGCUAGUGCUGCUGCUGGAGCUCGUGCUGGCAAUGAGUUUUCCACCGUCGGAUGCUUUUCCGCCGCGGCCCGAUCCGGCGCGCGAGGCCGAACUUGAAUUGCGGCUGCGCCGAUACGAGGACGAGGCGGUGGCGAGCGGGCUGCCGCUGAGCACGGUGUGGGUGCGCGUGGAGCGCGCGCGCGCCGAGGCGCACUGGCGGCCCGCGGCGGCCGGCGACGACGUGGCGGCCGACCCGCAGCGCGCGCCGCUGGCCGCCGACGUGGCGCCGCUGCUGCGGCCGGCGGGCGGGCUGGCGCUGCUGGUGCAGGCGCUGCGGCUGGCGCGCGUGCCGCUGCUGCCGGCGACGGGCGGCGCGGUGCGCGCGGCGGGCGCGGCGGCGGCGGACGGCGCGGAGGCGCUGCUGCCGCUGCUGCGCGCGGCGCGCCGCCUGCCGCCCGCCGCCGCCGCCCGCGCGCCGCCCGCCGCCGCCGCCGCCGCCCUGCACGCGCUCCUCGACCCGCCCCACUACUUCUCAGAUCGCUCCGGGUUCCUGAGCUGGGUGAACGCGCUGUGGGAGGCGGCGUGUUCGUGGACCGCGGGCGACGAGCGCCUGGCGCUGGUGUGCUGGCGGCUGCGCUGGCUGCACGCGCUGGCGCUGCUGGCCGACCCCGACAACGACGCCGGCCGCGCCGAGCUGCGGCGGCUGCGGGGCGAGGCGCGCGGCGCGCUGCGGCGCCACGCCGGCGCCGCGCCGCUGCCCUUCGCGCAGUUCGCGCGCCUCGAGCUGCUUUCGGGCGGGCCGGCCGCCGCGCGCGCCGCCGCCCUGCACGCGCUGCGCGCCGCCCUGCGCGACCACGCCGCGCCCGCGCCGCGCCGCCUCCACGUGGCGCGCGUGGCCGCCGAGCUGCUGCCGGCGGCGGCGGCGCGCUGGGCCCUCACCAGCGCGGUGCUGGCACGUGCUCUGCCGCCCGACGACGAGCUGGAGGCCGCGCCACCGCCCGCACUAAUCGACGCCGCGCUACAACAAUGCGAGAGUCGGUGCGAGGAGAUAGAGGCGGCGCUGGCCGCCGCCGAGGACGAGGAGGAGGAGUGCGUCGCGGGCGGCGGCGUGUGCGCGGCGCUGCUGCCGGCCGCCGGGGAGUGGGCGGCGGCGCGCGCGCUGCUGGCGCCGCCCGCCCGCCUGCGGGACCUGCGCGCCGCCCUGCUGGCGCUGCCCGCGCGCCGCUACCAGUCCGCGGCGGGCGAGCGGUACUACGAGCAGAGUGCGUGCGCGGUGUCGCUGGCGGCGGGCGGGGGCGGGGGCGGGGGCGGGGGCGGGGCCGGGGGCGCGGGGCGGGCGGCGCGCGCGCUCGCUCCCCGACACCCGCACUGCGCGCUGCUCGCGCUCAUGUCGGAGGAGGCGCCGGUGUGGGCGCUGGGCGAGGCGGCGGCGGCGGCGGCGGCGGCGCGGCCCGGCUCCGAGUGCGGCGCGCUGGCGGCGCUGCUGCCGGCGCUGGUGCGCGCGCCGCCGGCCGCCUGGAGCCCGAGGGCGGCGCGGCGCGCGGCGCGGGCGGCGGCGCGGGCGGCGCGGGGGGGCGGCGGCGGGGGCGGGGGCGGCGCCCUGCUGCACGCCGCGCGGCUCGAGGCGGAGGCGCGCGCCACCAGCGCCGCGCCCGCCCGCGCGCUCUACGCCGCGCUCGACGCCGCGCCACACGCCAAGUGGCUGUACGUGCGCGGCGCGCAGUGGUGCGGCGGCGAGGCGGCCGCGCUGGCCGACGCGCUGCUAGACAAGCAGCUGCGGCUGCACGCGCUGCGGGAGGAGCUCGCCCCGCCCGCACCGCCCGCACCGCCCCCCGCGCCCAUAGAAGAGUUUCAAUAA